UUUUUUUUUUUUUUUUUUUUUUUUUUUUUAUAAUCAUGACUGGGUCUCGGAGUUUAGAGGACGUCUUUCUGGCCGAUCUCAUCCGCGAAGCCAAGGAAAGUUGAUCUGAGCGGACUCGAAUAUCAGCAGAGCGGCCAUUUCCCUUUUCUUCUAUUGUCUCCUAUAUUUCUUCAUAUCAUCUCACUCGUUUAUGGUGCUAUGGAUACGGAACGGCGAACUUGAGGAUUCCUAUGCUUUUCUUCUUGUGCAUCUCAUUAUACUUGUUUGGCGUGAACUACAUUUAAUAUUAGACUUCCAUCUUGUCGCCGGUUACAUGAUCUCUCCGACUUGUUUCUCUGUUUGUUUUUCGAGCCUCUUUACCUUCUAUUGCCUUUCUUCGAUCGUCGAUAAUUGGCCCGGGGUUGUUUACAGCGAAGCAUAUACCAUUCAAUUGUGCCUCUAUAAAAAAGAAAAAAGAAAAAAGCUGAGUUCCAUCGGAGUUGAUCAUGCAAUCAUGCAAAGCGGCCAGUGGCUGUCUUUUUCUGUUUCUGUUUGUUAACCGGGAUUAAGCGCAUUGCAUCUGCCAUGUGUUUUCUGUUAUCUUUGCCUGUUCCUGCAACGGCCCAUGUUUAGAUAACUGGUCUCUGCAUUAGAUAACUGGUCUCUGCAGGGCGUUG